AUGGCGGCCGUCGCCCUGCUGCGCUCGUCCACCAGCAAGCAAACAGGUCGCCAUGACAUGCCAUCCAGCAACGCCGCGCUCGUCGCCGCCGUGCUGUCCACUCCAGCCCACCAGCUUGGAGUACCUCUCGACGAUCGCGUACCUGGCCGGGACACUCCAUCGAUCGCGCCAACGAAAUAUCCAUCCAUUCCUUCAUCGGUUCCUUCAUCGGUCAAGGCGGCCAUCGGCAUUGCCCAGGGUAACCAGAUUACAGACUUGAUGUCGGCGGGCUGGACGGAUGAGAGGCACGGGACUUAUAUAAGGUCCUUGGAAGCUUCUUUCGUUGAUCAACUCCACAACCACGCGCACGCUGCCAAAAACAAAGAUUCGGGUACCAAUGGGUUCAAGGUUCUCCAAGGUGGAGUGUGGAGGAAAGUCGAGUUUAAGAGGAGGACCAAUGCUUGUGCUCAAGUCCGGCCCGAACAGCGCCUGCCUGAAAGCCCCUGGAUUCAGCAUUUCAUACCGGCCGGUGGCUGCAGCAGCAGUGCAGGCGGUGAUAGGGCAGAAACUUCAGUAAGUGAUCGGGAAUCGGGUAUCCGUACUAUCCCUGGGAGCACCCCGUUGUGCCAUGGAAGGGAAUUGGGAGCUUGCAAGGGAGAAGACCUUCUCGAUGAAUCUGCUGAGAUCUAUGAUCGGAACUUUGCUGACGACGAGGCACAAGUUGACGCAGAAUCAAGGAAAUUAAGCACGUACCGCGCCCGAAUGAUUAAGCGAAUUUACAGGAUUAGUUAA